AUGGCUUCUGUGGGAACGUUACCUUCUUCUAUGGCUACAACUACAAAACAGAACAAUGCUUCCAUGUGCGCCGAGAAACUACCUGAAGGGAUUAAUGAUAUGAAGAUAAAAGAUGAUAAGGAAAUGGAAGCAGCUGUUGUUGAUGGGAAUGGAACUGAAACAGGUCACAUUAUUGUUACAACUAUUGGUGGUAAAAAUGGUCAGCCUAAACAGACCAUAAGUUACAUGGCAGAGCGCAUCGUUGGACAAGGUUCAUUUGGAAUUGUCUUUCAGGCCAAGUGUUUGGAAACGGGGGAAACUGUUGCAAUCAAGAAAGUUUUGCAAGACAAAAGAUACAAGAACCGUGAGCUGCAGACGAUGCGGCUUCUUGAUCACCCUAAUGUUGUGUCCCUCAAGCAUUGCUUUUUCUCAACGACUGAGAAAGAUGAAUUGUAUCUCAAUUUGGUCCUUGAAUAUGUUCCUGAGACUGUCUAUCGCGUCUCAAAGCACUACAGUCGGGCAAAUCAGAGGAUGCCCAUGAUAUAUGUUAAACUCUAUACAUAUCAGAUUUGCAGAGCUUUGGCAUACAUUCACGGAGGAGUAGGAGUCUGCCAUAGAGACAUAAAACCACAGAAUCUUCUGGUCAAUCCUCAUACACAUCAAGUCAAGCUCUGUGAUUUUGGCAGCGCAAAAGUUCUGGUGAAAGGCGAACCAAACAUCUCAUAUAUCUGCUCCCGUUACUAUCGAGCACCUGAACUUAUAUUUGGAGCCACAGAAUAUACAACAGCAAUUGACAUAUGGUCUGCAGGCUGUGUUCUUGCUGAAUUGCUCCUUGGACAGCCUCUAUUUCCAGGUGAGAGUGGAGUUGACCAGCUAGUCGAGAUUAUCAAGGUUCUCGGAACACCAACUCGAGAGGAAAUCAAAUGUAUGAAUCCAAACUACACUGAAUUCAAAUUCCCACAAAUAAAGGCUCAUCCUUGGCACAAAAUUUUCCAUAAGCGUACACCUCCAGAAGCUGUAGACCUCGUCUCAAGACUUCUCCAGUAUUCUCCAAACCUCAGAUCAACCGCUAUGGAGGCAAUCGUUCACCCGUUCUUCGAUGAGCUACGCGAUCCCAACACACGCCUACCUAAUGGCCGUCCCUUGCCUCCUCUCUUCAACUUUAAACCUCAAGAGCUUAAAGGAGCAAGCUUAGAGUUGUUGUCCAAGCUUAUACCUGACCACGCCCGAAAACAAUACGGACGACGAGACAGCGUUCUCUCUCACCGACGGCGAUCGCACACUUUUGCCGGCGGCGAGAGCGCUUCAGCUAAAAUCGUUGCUUUAACUCGGAAUUCUCUGGGUUUACUACACUGGAGAUCCUUACUUGCAUGUCAUAAUCCCAUCAGCUUACUACAACAAUGGUACAUUGCGCAAGAUUCUGCUGGUGAUGGCGAUUAUGUUGAUUGGAAUACCGAUGAUGAUUUGGAGAUCGAUAACUUUCAGUUGUCUCCAUCGUCGUCUCCAGUAGUACAGCCCAGGGCUGAAACUUUAGUUUGUCCAGCUGUGCUAACCACUUCUUCGACCUCUCCUACGGAAACAACUCCCGACUUAGUUCAGAUGGGAUUCUCAGACGAGAUGUUUGCUACGUUGGUUGAAAUGGGAUUUUCUGUUGAGAUGAUUGCUAGAGCAAUCGAGGAAAAUGGACCAAAUGCAGAUACUUCUGUGAUUAUUGAUACUAUCUCCAAGUACACUAGCAAUUGUGAAGCUGGUUCUUCCAAGUCUAAGGCUAUUGAUCAUUUCCUUGGGAUGGGAUUUGGUGAGGAAGAAGUUAUCAAAGCCAUACAUGAACAUGGAGAAGAAAAUAUGGAACAAAUAUUAAAUGCCCUCCUCCCUGGUGUAGUAAGUGAUGUUGCAGAGAAAUUACCUGUAGUAAAAGAAGAAUAUGACAUUGACUGGUCAGAAAGUGAUAAUGAGAUCAAUUACUCCGAUUCAUUGAUCUCAGAUGAUGAGAAUGAUCCAGACUCCUCUCUUGGAAACAACAAUCUAUUGCGGUCUUUGGUGAAAAUGGGUUUCUCGCAGCUGGAAGCUUCUCUAGCUUUGGAGAGAUGCGGAGAGAAUGUGAGCAUCGAUGAGCUCACAGACUUCAUCUGCGCUGCUCAAAUGGCUAGAGAAUUUAAAGAGUUUCACACUGACCCUGAAGAACAAAAGCCUAGACAUGAUGUCAAGAAAAGGCGGAUAGAGUUAAAAAGAGAGCCUAAGCCAUCUACUGAUGACGAGCCUGUUAAGCUACCAAAUCCGAUGAUAGGGUUUGGACUUCCAAACGAGCCAGGACUCAUCACACAUAGAUCACUUCCAGAGAUAGCUCGAGGGCCACCAUAUUUCUACUAUGAAAAUGUUGCCCUUGCACCUAAAGGCGUGUGGGAGACCAUCUCAAGACAUUUAUACGAUAUAUCACCAGAGUUUGUUGAUUCCAAGUACAUAUGUGCUGCAGCAAGAAAGAGGGGAUAUGUGCACAAUCUCCCCAUCAGCAACAGAUUUCAGCUGCAACCUCCUCCAAAGUACACAAUCAACGAGGCAUUUCCGCUGACCAAGAGAUGGUGGCCAAGUUGGGACACCAGGACAAAGCUGAACUGUAUAUUGACAGUUACAGCUAGUGCCAAGUUAACUAAUAGGAUCCGUUUAGCCCUUGAGGCUCAUACUGGAGAACCGCCUAAGCAUACACAAAGGUAUGUCAUAGACCAAUGCAGAAAAUGGAACCUUGUAUGGGUGGGGAAAAACAAAGCCGCGCCACUCGAGCCAGAUGAAAUGGAGAAUUUGCUAGGAUUUCCAAGAAAUCAUACACGAGGUGGAGGCAUCAGUAGGACCGAGCGCUUAAAGUCACUUGGCAAUUCUUUUCAGGUGGAUACCGUGGCGUAUCAUCUGUCUGUCCUCAAGUCAAUGUUCCCAAAGGGAAUCAAUGUGCUCUCGCUUUUCACAGGGAUUGGUGGUGGAGAAGUCGCGCUUCACCGUCUCCAAAUCCCCAUGAAAACCGUUGUCUCUGUCGAGAUCUCUGAAGUCAACAGAAACAUUCUGAAGGACUUCUGGGAGCAAACAAACCAGAAAGGAGUCUUGAUCGAGUUUGCAGACGUUCAACACCUUACAAACACCAAGAUCGAAGAGUUGAUGGAGCAAUUUGGUGGGUUUGAUCUUGUUAUUGGAGGUAGUCCAUGCAACAACCUCGCUGGUGGUAACAGAGUAAGCAGGAGUGGACUGGAAGGUGAACAAUCUUCAUUGUUCUUUGAGUAUUGCCGGAUUCUGGAGGUGGUUCGUGAGAAGACAGCGAGAAUGAGAAGAUCUCGAAGAUGA